UACACGUUGUUCACAAGGUGGGUUCUGCCAUCUUAGCAGAAACACCAAUGAUCAAUCAAGCAAUAACCAACGGUUCACAUGACUUCACUUUCCUUCUACUUCAGCAACUUUACUCAUCACUCGUCACUCUCACUUCACUUCUCCACUUCAUUAACAAGAAAACUUAGAAAGCUCCAUAAUGAAACCCCAAAACCUCUCCUUUUUCACUUUCUUUACUAUCUUCCCUCUACUAAUCCUCCAAAUUACCUCGACUGAGCCUCCAUUCUCAUGUGAUCCAUCAAACCCAUCAACAAGUUCCUUUCUUUUCUGCAAAACCUCAUUACCCAUUUCCCAAAGAGUAAGGGACCUUGUUUCUAGACUCACAUUAGACGAGAAAAUUUCCCAACUCGUUAGCUCAGCUCCGUCGAUUCCACGACUCGGGAUUCCUGCUUAUGAGUGGUGGUCUGAGGCAUUACAUGGUGUUGCCAAUGUUGGACGUGGCAUUCAUUUUGAAGGCGCUAUUAAAGCAGCCACUAGCUUCCCUCAAGUCAUUCUCACUGCUGCUUCUUUUGAUGCUUACCAAUGGUAUCGCAUUGGUCAAGUGAUCGGAAGAGAAGCAAGAGCAGUGUACAAUGCAGGGCAAGCUACAGGGAUGACAUUUUGGGCACCGAAUAUUAAUAUUUUUAGGGACCCAAGAUGGGGAAGAGGGCAAGAGACGCCUGGAGAGGAUCCAUUGGUGACAGGGAAAUAUGCAGUUUCAUAUGUGAGAGGAGUCCAAGGUGAUUCUUUUCAAGGUGGGAAGCUUAAAGGGCAUCUUCAAGCUUCAGCUUGUUGUAAGCAUUUUACUGCUUAUGAUUUAGACAAUUGGAAGGGUGUGAACCGCUUUGUGUUUGAUGCUCGUGUGACUAUGCAAGAUUUAGCAGACACAUAUCAGCCGCCAUUCCAAAGUUGUGUUCAGCAAGGGAAAGCCAGUGGGAUCAUGUGUGCUUACAAUAGAGUUAAUGGGAUCCCAAGUUGUGCAGAUUUCAAUCUCCUCUCUAGAACUGCUAGAGGGCAAUGGGAUUUCCAUGGGUACAUCGCCUCCGACUGUGAUGCGGUCUCCAUCAUCUAUGAUAAUCAAGGAUAUGCUAAGUCACCAGAAGAUGCUGUAGUUGAUGUGCUUAAAGCUGGCAUGGAUGUCAACUGCGGUUCAUACUUACAGAAACACACCAAAGCAGCUGUGGAGCAGAAAAAACUGCCCGAAGCUUCCAUAGACAGAGCCCUUCACAACCUCUUCUCUGUAAGAAUGAGGUUAGGACUUUUCAAUGGAAAUCCAACAGAACAGCCUUUCAGCAACAUCGGUCCUGAUCAAGUCUGCUCCCAGGAGCAUCAAAUACUAGCUCUUGAAGCUGCCCGUAAUGGCAUUGUCCUUCUGAAGAACUCUGCAAGACUCCUCCCACUUCAAAAAUCCAAGACUGUCUCUCUUGCUGUAAUUGGUCCUAAUGUAAAUUCUGUGCAGACACUUCUUGGAAACUAUGCAGGCCCUCCAUGCAAAACUGUUACCCCUCUCCAAGCACUGCAAUACUACGUAAAAAAUACUAUUUAUUACUCAGGUUGUGAUACAGUUAAAUGCUCUUCAGCUUCCAUUGACAAGGCAGUUGACAUAGCAAAAGGGGUGGACCGUGUAGUUAUGAUAAUGGGCUUGGAUCAAACUCAGGAGAGGGAGGAGCUUGAUCGCUUAGACUUGGUGCUUCCAGGGAAGCAACAAGAACUGAUAACCAAUGUUGCAAAAUCUGCAAAGAAUCCAAUUGUUCUAGUUCUUCUUUCUGGCGGUCCAGUUGAUAUAUCAUUUGCCAAGUAUGAUGAGAACAUUGGAAGCAUUUUGUGGGCUGGUUAUCCUGGUGAAGCUGGUGGGAUUGCACUUGCUGAAAUAAUUUUUGGUGACCACAAUCCAGGAGGGAAAUUACCAAUGACCUGGUAUCCCCAAGAAUUUGUCAAAGUACCAAUGACAGAUAUGAGGAUGCGACCUGAUCCCUCUUCAGGAUACCCUGGCAGAACAUACAGAUUCUACAAAGGCCGGAAUGUUUUUGAGUUUGGCUAUGGCCUCAGCUAUUCAAAGUACUCCUACGAGCUUAAGUAUGUCUCCCAGACCAAACUAUACUUGAAUCAAUCUUCAACAAUGCGCAUAAUUGACAACUCAGAUCCGGUUCGUGCGACAUUGGUUGCUCAAUUGGGUGCAGAAUUCUGCAAGGAAAGCAAGUUCUCAGUUAAAGUUGGAGUAGAGAACCAAGGGGAAAUGGCAGGUAAACAUCCAGUAUUGCUGUUUGCAAGACAUGCAAGGCAUGGAAAUGGGAGGCCAAGGAGACAGUUGAUUGGAUUCAAAAGUGUGAUAUUAAAUGCAGGAGAAAAAGCUGAAAUUGAGUUUGAACUGAGUCCCUGCGAGCACUUUUCUAGAGCUAAUGAAGAUGGCCUAAGGGUGAUGGAAGAAGGAACACAUUUCUUGAUGGUAGGAGGUGACAAGUACCCAAUUUCCGUCGUCGUUUAAUAUGGGGAUUAUUUGUGUUGGUACCGUUACAGUGACCCACGAAAUGGGUGUCUCAAUUUAAGAAGGUUAUGUAUUUUAAGGAGUAUAUAAAGAUGCAUUGCACUUCUUACUUUAUUAUAGAAAUUGUAUGUAAACUUUCAUUGACCUUAGUAGCCUUGCAACCCAGAAUAGAUAUCAUCCGGUCUUGUAAGCUUCCGUA